CGUAUCAAAUAAGCGCAUCAGCUGGCUAUACUUCCAGAAUUCAGCUGGCACGUCACUCAGGAUUGUUUUAGAUACAUAUAUAGAUUUUUUUAUUUUAAUUCAGUAUUAACCGGUAAUGCGUUGUAUGCGAAACAACCGGUUCACGACGCUCGAAUGCGAACUGACCGACGACGAUGAUGUUGGUUCUAUGCAAAUCGCCGAGACUUUCUCUCUUCUGACAGACUGAGAUAUACGAACGGUAUGUUUUAUAACAUAUGCUAUAAAAACAAUUACUGGAGUUUACUGAUUACGUCUGAGCGUGACACGCACAUUUCGUCAGGUAGAUCGUAGAAAGAGAAGACUCCUCCUAGUAAAUCGAUAAGCUGACACAUCCAAAUUGUUAAGCAUCUCUCACUUUCCUCCUUUGAGAAAGAAAUUAAGAAAACCGAAAUGGAUCUUCCACUUAUGAACGAUUAUUUGGAAACAUACUCCGGCAGAGACAAGAUGUUACGAACCCUGUCUUAUGCGGCAAAAUUACUUACUGUAUGCACUUCGUCCAAGAGUACCGAGAAGAAGCUCAAGACCUUUGGAAGCCAGAUGAGCGAGUGCAGAGUGAUGUUGCGCUUGCUAGAUGAUCUUCCUACGCUUCACUUCGUGAUGACAUAUGGAUGGGGCAAGCAGGAACCUGACCGGUUGAUUAGAUGGUGCCAAGUGAUACAGAAUGUAGUAGACAUUGUUUAUUCUCCCAUAGAGCACAUUGCUUGGGCUGGCCAGCAUAAUAUUGUGUCGAUUAAUAACGACAAGUGGGAUCUUACUACAACUUGGUUUUGGAUAGUUUCUUUACACCUGUCCUUACUGAAAUCGUUGAGACUAUUGCAGAAGCUUCAAAGAUUUAAAGUAGGAUUGAAGAGAACUAACUCUGGUACACAAACCAUGUUAAAGGACCUCAAUGAGCAACGGCAAAGUGCACUAUUGGCAUGCAUACGCAAUAUGCUGGAUAUUUCUUAUGCGAUUAGCUAUUUACCACCGGGAGUACUUUGGGGAGGCCGUUUAAAAACGUGGCACGUUGGAGCACUUGGUACAGUAUCGUCACUAAUUGGACUUUAUCAAGCUCUCAGCCGCCAAAUGAAAAGUUGAAAAUAUUUCUAAUCGUCGUUGGGGAGAAGUUUUAUCGGUUACAAAAAGUGUGGGUGAAUGUGUUGUAUAUAUUAUAGGUGGUUGUGUUGUACAUAUUGAUAUUAAAUAAAAAAAUAUUACGGAUAAAAUUAUAUGGAAAUAUAUAUUUUUUUUUUUAUAGCUUUUACGAUCUUUCGAGACAAUAAUAUUUCAUUAUGCAAGUUGGAUAGUGCUUUGCACUUUUACAAUAUCGAUUGUGUUCCGAAAAAAAAAAGAAGUAUAUUUUAAUCUUUCCGUUCGCGACUGUAUAUUGAUUAUUAAAUAUUUUAUAUACAUAUGCAUGCUGUAAAAAAGUUUUAUUAUUUCCAGUAACGCAUACAUAACAGAAAUUCAGAGGGGAGGGAACAAGAAAAAGAUUUCAUUAUCGUACUUAUCUAAUAAUACAUUACUCUAUUUUUGCUAAAAACCAUUUGUAUAAAUAAAAGCCACUUUAAAAUUUUUUUUGAAGCCUUACUAUUUCUAAGGCUCUUCUAAGCUCUUAUUAAAUAACACUGCAAGGUGUGCACAACUCUCACUGACAAAUCAUAUUAUAUGAAAAAGUUAAACCUAAACUUUGUAAUUAAUACUUAAAACAAUGAUUAAUUGAUUUUAAAUUCAUUUAAAUUUUCUGCAUUGUAAAUAUCAUACAUACAAUGAUAUCAUGAAACAUUCAGAGUUAAAUAUGAAUGACGAAUGAGGUUUAAAUUUAUAAUAUAAAUAUCUUAUACAUAUAUAUUCAGAUGAAGCUUUGUUAACUGUUUUUGAAUUAUCAUUUUUUUGGUUUACGUAUAGUAUCGUGUCAUAAAAUUUAUUAUUUUAUUAUUGUUGCAUACACAACCGUUGUAUCAUUAACUCGUGAAUUAUUAAUAAAAGCUAAAAGAUAGGAGAGGCACUUUUCAUCUGAAUUUAAACUGAAGUAAGUACUUUGGACUUAUUCACGAUGCGAUUUAUCAAUUACAUCGUGGCUUACAACUAAUUGGGACUCGGUUACACCAAUAUUGAUCGGAUUUCUCUAUCUCGAUCUUAUUUAGUUUAUUCAAAAAGAAUAUCUCUUUACUAAAUAUUUAAUUAAAUAAACUAUAUAUGUAACUAUAUAUUCCAAUCCGACCAAUGAGGCAUAACACUUGGCCUAAUUCCAUUAAAAGCUUAACAUUAUGCACACACACUGUAAGUUAUUACAUAUAGCUUAAAAAAUAAUUUAUCUUGGCAUGUAAACAAAUCUGAGGAUCACGUUAAAAGGCACGACUUAUUGAAACCUUGUCAAACAGCACGUAGAUAAUUAAAAUUUCUCUCCGAUAAAAAUCUCCUUAUUGAAACUGGAAUACUGCUGUUGUAUAGAGUAAUUUAUAGAUUAAAUGUCUUUGAAAUAUAUAUCCGAAGCGCUUUGAUCGAGUAUACAUAUAUAUAUAAUAUUUGUAUCGAUGUGAAGUGUAUUUGUAUUUUGUAAAGCACUUAUUUUCUUCAAUAAUUGCUUAUAUAUGUAGCAACCAUGUUUUAUCAUUUGUGAAUCAUAUACAGUGAUACAUAUUUUAACGGGAUAUAUAAUGAAUGUUUCUCGUUCAAAUAUUUUUCAGAGAAUAUUAGCUUUAUAUCUAACUGCCUCAUGCAAAUUCAUUAUCACUCAAGUUGACAGUUUUAGAUUUCCUUCAAUAAUGCAUUGUUACAUAUCGUGCUACUUUUGCUGCAGACUGAAUAUUAUCGCCCUUAUUUUUUUAUCGAUAUUAUUUUUCUUAACAUCUUCGUAUUAUCGUCAUUCAUCGCUAAAAUGAAUAUGCGCGUGCAUAUAUAAUAAUAAAACUCUAAACAUUCUAACGUAAUAAAAAUAAACAAAUUAAGAACGUGAAAUUGGAUAAAAAGAGGAUGUGCCGUAAAAUUGUUUCAAUCUUGCAAUGAACAUUUUUGUUGGUUUGAUAUUAAAAAGAUUAAAAUAAGGACAUAUUUACUUAGGCUGAUUCCUUUUCAAAUCGCUUAUGAGAUCAAAUUAAGUUUUACUAUCAGUUAAAAUGGUUUGUAAAAGAUGAAGAAAUAAAAUAUAUAUGCAAUUUUAAGAACGCGCAUUCAACACUGUCUCAGUAACACUUAUCGCCGACGAAGGCUGAAAGAAUUAUUAGUAACAAAUAACGAAAGUGGAAUGGUAAAUAAAAAAAAAUAAAAACAGGCAUCGGAUAUCUGCAAAAAUCUGGUUGUUUUUUAAUUCAACAAAAUUGUAUCAAAACGGGAGAAACGCGAGUGAAGGAUAAACCUUAUUCAAAGAAGUUGUGCAACACAAUUGUACAUAGUAAGAAAAAAAAAGGAGAAAAAAAUAAAAAC